CUGGAGGUCUGAUCUCACUCUCACUCUCACAGCAAUCAUGCUGCUCUUCUUCUCAGUUUUCAUGCUCAUCUUCAGUAUCGGUAAAACUUCUGACAUAAUCAUACAGAACACAACCAGUGUAACUGUAAAUAAAGGCAGCAGCACCACACUGUCCUGUUCUUAUACAGGAUCUCCUUACAGUCUCCACUGGUAUCGGCAAAAGCCUGGAUCAAGACCAGAGUUUCUGAUUCUGAUUGAUGAAGCCAGUGAACACAUUAAUAAAGCUCAACCACCUGACCAUCGAUUCUUCAUCAAACUUCAUAAAAAGGAAAAGACAUGGGAUCUGGAGAUCUCCUCUACUGCAGUAUCAGACUCUGCUCUCUACUACUGCGCUCUGCAGCCCACAGUGACAGAAACCCAUCAAACACUGUACUAAAAGUGUUCU